CGCAGGGUGGCGGAGCGGGAUAAGGGUUCAUUUUCCAAGGCCCAGAGUGCAAACCACCGCUGUCCCGGCCCUACGGUGCAGUGCGUAUCGAGCUCAUUAGUUGAGGAAAUUCUGCUGCUUCCUGCAGGAGCGUAGAAGUCUUACAAGUCCCUGCUACACCUGCAGACUUUUAGUCUGGCUUCUGCUGUUCCGGGAAUGGAAUUUCAAUUAAGUUAGCAACAGAAGGUUCUACCUGGUGAAGCAGUAUAAGCGAACCGUUUGUGGAACGCGGCCGCCAACACUUUUGCGGGCUGAUGCUGAUGGCAGAGAGGCAAUUUACUUGGAAGCUUGUCUACUAAUUAAGCUUGGAUAGUAUUUCCUUUAGACUGCCUGCCUUCUGGACAGGGUUGCAUCCAUUAUAAAAUAAAUAUAUGUGUGUGUGUGUAUAUAUAUAUAUAUUUACAUGCAUUCUAGUACUGGGUUAUCUGCCCACCAUUUGGGAGUCUUUCUUCUCACUGAGUCUCAGCUACUUGCCCACCCAUUUCGAUCAAAGUAUCUGGAAAACCGAUUCAUGGGCUCUUUCCCACUUCAUAGUUCAGUGUCUCAGUUUUAAUGUUCAUGCCUCAGCAGAAAUGUAACAUUUAGAAGAGGGUUUUUGUGUGCUGCUCUCUGUCAAGUGACCUUGUUGCUGUCAACAUCUUAUGACAUGCCAUUAUUUCAUGUUAUUUUGAGUCGAAGUUUAUCUUCAUAGAUGAUAGUUACCAUUUUGCCUUAGCUCUGCAGUCUCUGGCAUUGAGUAUCUUAUCUAUUAUGCAAUAUGCUACAUGGGCAGAAAGUAAUCACCUUUCUGCCCGUGGUCACUUGAGUUUGGGAUUUCAUGCUAGAAAACAUGUUGUUAGCAGGUGAAUUCACCAGGUUGGAUUACAGCACUCUGUGCAUAGAUCUUUUUUUUUAUUCCCUAAAGAGUUCAGAGUUAAAUACACAUACAUAUUUUUCUUGCUCUUAGACCCAGCACUCGAAGGUAUGUUGAAUCCAGGGGAAAAGGGAGGAUGCAUCUUCUCAGGACACUGUAAAUAUCUGUGCCUUGGUACUCUCACAAAAAUGUGUUGCAGGCAAUAAUUGCCUGUGAUAAAUUACACUUGCAGUGUUUAAAAAUUCCUGUGUAAAAAAAGGCUGUUGAAGGAUGUUUGCAAGCACUGGUGGGGAGUGCUGGUGACAUAUUUUGCUGAGGGAGAUCAGAAUUUGUUUCUCCAAGCAUGGCUGAUUUUGAUCAUUGCUAAUAAAGAUGAAGAAUAGCUGGAAAAGGCACCUUCCUCUUUAAAAAAGUCCCAUGGUUUUUGUACUUGGAAGUUACCAUGCUCCAGGUCCAGCAGUCCAAGGAGUCCUCACAUCCUCUGGUUCUGUUAAGACCAGAGUACAAAAAACAGUUUGUGUGUGUAGAGCUACAUUAUAAAGUGGAAUAAAGGGCUUUAGCUCAACAUUUUCAUGUUGGGCAGCUGGAGCUGCAUGUCCUGGAUCAUGCUCUGUAGAAACAGUUGUUCCUUUCUUUGUGUUCCUUUCCUCUCAGUCACAGCACCACAAAUGAGGAAAAAACUUACUUAUGGAAAUCCUAAAAUUUUACAUUUUUCUAACCCUUCUGUGGUUCCACAGAUGCUUCCAAAGCCACCAGUGCAGUAGUAGGUGGUGGCCACGUGUGCCCUAGGAGAUGAUUAGAAAUCUGGUUCAGAACACAGGGAACUAGGGAGUAGGUGAGGCAUGCCAAGGUCAGAUUCCUCUUCAGUGUUAGAGGAACUAUCAGAGUGGGCUUGUACAAGCCUGAAAUGUACUUCAGAGAUUUUCUCCUGAUACUCUUUUCAAACAGUGAAACAACCAGUGACUAUUAAAAAAACUGUGGAGAGUGAUCAAAGGUAUUACGUCUCUAAUCAAAAAGCUUUUCUGCUGAGAAGAAAUCAGACUUCUUGCAUUCCUCAGCAAAGAUUGCACCAGCCUUGGAGUGUCUGUGGUGGAGACACCAGUGCAGGGCACAGGACAGCCAGCAGAGAAGCAGCUGAUUAGUGACAUGUGCUAGACACAAGUUGCAGCAGAAGAUAAAUGACAUUUACAUCCCUAUGAUGUAAUGUCAUGAGCUGUCACAUCCCUGAUGUGCUGAGCUGUCUGUUCCUAUGGGUAUGAAUAUUUCAGAGAUCACCCAUGUUGGAAUUGAGCAGUGGUUACAAAGGAACACUGAGGUCUUUGAAAUUCACUGUUUUAUCAGCUGCUUUUGGCUGUUGGAUGGACAAUCCUCCCACUGCAAUCUCAAGUCCAAACCAAGAUGGGCUCAGGACAUCAUCCAUGUGGCAUCCCCCUCUUGAAAUGCCCAUUUCCACUUCCUCCUCUGCAUGUGAGUACAUAGUUUGAAGGAAUCACAUUCCUCCCUGUUGAGUCUGCUGUCUUUGAUAAAUAACAAUUAGUAGCAGUAGCUAAGAAUUACAAAUUCCUACUAUGGAGCAGUUGGAAUUAGUCAAGAGAAAGUGUCAACAGCAACAGUAACACUGUUAAAUUCUAGUCACGCUUGCAGCCCUCCACAGCUCCAGCUCUGCUGGUGUGAGAGGUUCCUUCACCUGAGAGUGGCCAUACAAGGCUAACUGUGAGGGAGAGGUGAUAUUCCUUGUUUUUCCUCAUGUGAAAAAAUAAGUCUGGAAAGUUAUGAUAAUAACACUCAGUUCUCAGAGCUUAGUUUGUAAUAAGUCACUACAUAUUGGGUAAGUAACAGAUUGGGGCCACAUUUGCAUAAUAAAGACCAAUACUACUGUAAAUUACAUCUUGCUCUCUGCAAUACCAUAAUUACAGACUUUAUGGUCUGUAAACAUCAUAUUCAAAGACAACUAAGCCCAAGCACGUGCUAACCUAUAUGCAUCUUCUUCCUCAUGGAACCACUGCCUGUGACUGGUUGAGGACACUGUGUAACAACAGCGUUGGUGUAAUUUAUAGACCUAGUACAGCAGAAUGAAAACUGGACUGCUGGUUUUUUGCCAGAUUGCACAGUAGCCCUUAUUGCUUUUAACAAAUACACCUCUGACCCAUUCAGUUGUACUCACUCUAGCUAUUUUGUGCUCAAAACAUGAGUUGCUGUAUUAUAAAAACUACUUAUCCUUAGGGCGUUGGUGGCUCUUUUAUUCUCAGGUACUGUGAUGAACUCUUGAUGAAAAAUUCUUACCUGCAGAGAUGCAUUGCACAUGCUUAACUGAGUAACAGCACAUAGGCACGGGGAACACUGCCAGCACUAACAGUGAGUGACAUGGCACUGGCUUCACAUGACUUGUCUGGGAGGGGACAGCCGGCUCUGCUUGGAAACACACCCCUGUUGCCUUUGCCUAAACCCUCAUAAAGUUUCCACAGCAGUAGUGAAAGGUGAAGAGUUGAAGUCUGGGCUCUGAAUAGACACAAAGGACCUCUCCUAGGCUACCAUCAGCAGGAGGUGAGCGAAGAAUGGGCAGCCAGAGUUCAAGGGUGUAGGAGCUUGAAAAGAUAUGAUAGAAACUUUGAGGAAGUCAUUAAAAGGCAGUAUCGUGUGUCUGUGUGAAGUCCAUUGUGAGCUUUUCUAGGAACAGUGGUUGCCCUCAGACCUGUGCAGGGCUUGGUAGGACAUCAAACAACGUCUGGUCCUGUGUCUGUCCACAGAGCUUCGUGGAUAUGCAACUGCUCAGGUGACCAGUGUAUUCCUCCUUUCUGAGUCGCUGCAAGAAGAGUACUCCUAAGAGGCUUCCCUCCAUCAUAAAGAUGAAAAGAGACUCUGGAUAUUCCACCGUGGCUGAGCAGCAGAAGCAGGAAGAGAAGCUCUGGGAUGCCUUGAAGAUCAGUGCCUAUGCCUUCAGUACAGGCCUGCUCAUGUUCACUGCCUUAGUGAACUCUGUUUCUUGGUUUAUGCAGGAUAUAACUUUAGGCAAUUUCUGGCAAACAACAUGGCUGAAGUUCUACAACUUCUUUGAGGGAGAUGAGUGGACAAUCUUCCUCCUUGGGGCUGCAUUGAUGCCUGCACUUGCUUUCUGGGGCUUCAAUGGAAUCCUUAUGGUGGCUGAUAUAACAGGAAAGCCAACUUUCAUUACUCGCUAUCGCAUUCAGCUGGGCAAGAAUGAUCCUGUGGACACAAAGAAGCUAUGCCAAGCCAUCUACACAGCACUGGGUAAUCAGUUCUUUGUCUCCUUGCCUAUGCUUGUGGCCAUGUUCCAUGUCAUGAAAUGGUGGGGCAACACCUUCAGCAAGGAAUUACCCACUUUCCAGUGGUUUCUUGUGGAGCUAAGCAUCUUCAUCAUAAUAGAGGAAAUUCUCUUCUAUUAUACACACAGGCUUGUUCACCACCCAGUCCUGUAUAAGCACAUUCACAAGAAGCACCAUGAGUGGACAGCCCCCGUCGGCGUGGUCUCCAUUUAUGCUCACCCUGUAGAACACAUACUCUCCAACACGCUGCCUGUCAUAACUGGCCCGAUGGUCAUGGGGUCUCACAUUGUUUCAAUCUCAGUGUGGUUCUCCCUUGCUCUCAUAACAACAAGCAUUUCACACUGCGGAUACCACCUGCCCUUCCUGCCAUCUCCAGAGUUCCACGACUUCCACCACCUCAAGUUCAACCAGUGCUAUGGAGUCCUGGGAGUGCUGGAUUAUCUGCAUGGCACAGACAGAGUGUUCAGACAAACCAAAGCCUUCGAAAGACACAAGGUCCUCCUCGGCCUCACACCGCUCUCCGAAAGCAUCCCCGAGGCACCCAAGAGGGCCGAGUGAACCAGCCCAGCAGCUCCUGUGACCAGCAGUGAGAGACAAUGAUUUAUGCCAAAUAGUAUUUUAACUGGGAAACAAGUUAUUGUUCACACGUAAUGAGACCCGAAACUGAAGUCAAACAUGCUGCUGGAAAUGACUGCACAUUUACUGCAAAAAACUCUUGCUCUAGAAAUCUACUUUUAAGCAAAAUGUAGUGGUUUGCUUCUUAA